UAACAACUCCCGGACAUGACUGUUGUCUGGAGACUCGUAUUGUUGCUGCUUACAGCAGCCCCUACAGGCGCCCCUUCACUGUGUUCUUACUCUGUAACACCCAUCAAGUUUGGCUUCCGGAUUGAGUUCUCAAACUCUCCCAGUGGUGACUACAACAUAGCCAUUACAGAAGACGGCCGACCAGAUAUUAAGAAUACAUCCAACGUUCCUGUCUCCAACCAAACCUCAUCACAUGACAUCCAAGGGCUGAAGCCCUGCACUGAAUAUAAGCAUCACGUCACAUUUCUUCACAGUGACGGAAACGUAACAUCGUGUAGCGGCUCCAAUUAUAAAUCUACAACAACUGAAAUGAAUGCCGGUGACGUUAAAGAAGUCAACUCCAAACCUGGACAUGUUUGUUACCAAACUGAUUGGGACAUCAGUUCUUUACAAUCUACACAAAGCAACAUUUCACCUCAGUCACAUGGAAAUAAGACGUUCUGUGUCAAACCUGAUUUUAAUGACAUUUGCUCGGAUUUAGUCUUCACGUCAAAAAACUGUGUGAACGCAGCCUUUACCCUCACCAAAUACAUCACUGCUGAGUUUUUGAAUCCAGAGGAAAUAAAACAGAUUCCUGCAGAUAAACUUCCUGCAGAAAUAAAAGCAGAAUUACCACCAAACUGUAAUAACCUCUCCAUUAAAUACACCUGCUGGGACGGCAGAGACAAUGAGCUGAAGACAUUGUCUGAACUGGAGCCUUUCACUGACUACAGUUGUACUGGUCAGAUCAAGGACAACAAUGUCCUGAUAAAAAACACAAGUGCUCUUCACUUCCGGGUUGACUGUGAUCUAACAAUAACCGUCACAAAGUCAAGUCCAACUAAUACGUCCGUUGAGUUGAUUUGGAAAACAACCAGUCAGAAGUGUGAAGACGACAAUCUUGAGAAUCUUUCAUACUUCUGCAGCUAUGAAAACGCUCAUAGAACUCUGGGUACCAAACUGAGGUCAGGAGGAAAGUGUAACAUUUCUGGACUGAAGCCAUUCACCAAAUACAAAUGUAAAGUCCAGCCUACUUACAAGCAUCAACCUCUCAAGGAUGUUACUCACCAGGACAUUAAAACUGAUGUUGGAGUACCGGGACCAGUUACAAUGUCACUGCAACUUCAAGAGCAUAAUGUGAUUAAAGUGACAUGUGAAACUUUACAGUUUAAUGGGCCUGAGAAAAUCUACAUGUUACAAGUCUCUUAUGGUAGUGAGAUAGUGAGAAAUGAACAACGAAUUAAUAAAUGUAACUUUGUAUUCGACAAUCUGAGAUACUCCACAACCUACAAAGUGAAGGUGACGGCAUUCAAUGGCAAAUUGGAGAGCGCCCCCAAGAUUGAAUCAAUUACUACCAACUAUAAUGACAAAGCUGUCAUUGGUUUUCUCAUCUUUCUCAUCGUCCUCACGUCUCUGGCUCUGCUGCUUAUUACCUACAAGAUCUACAUUCUGAAGAAGAGAAGGACUCGUGACGACAACAGAGAUGAGGUAUUUCUGUCAACAAUUUAUAGUUGUGUUCCAUGAUCUCACGGAGGAAAAUCCUGAUGGAGCUGCAGAUUAAGUCACCUUUUACUCCUUAAAGCUUGCCUUAUCUAAGAAUUUAUUAAUAAUAACAUAAUUAUUUCUUUACAGUGUCAGAAAUG